GUAACCACAGUAUUAACAUCAAAUAAAGGCACAAGACAGCCAGAAGAAAAAGAGCAAGGAAACAGCAACUAAAGGAUAUUAAAAGCAAAAGGAAUUUGAGAAGGUUUUCCCUCUUUACCUUCUGGGGUGGGUUUUUUUUUUUUUAACCUGCAAAAAUGGGACAGCAGUUUGCCAAUGCUGAAGGAGGGGAGCAAGGAGAGAUCGACGUGGCGGAAUUGCAGGAGUGGUACAAGAAGUUUGUGGUUGAGUGCCCCAGUGGGACCCUCUUCAUGCACGAGUUCAAGAGGUUCUUCGGGGUCCAGAAUAACCAGGAGGCAGCAGAGUACGUUGAAAACAUGUUCAGAGCUUUUGACAAGAACGGGGAUAACACCAUUGAUUUCCUGGAAUAUGUAGCUGCCUUGAAUCUUGUUUUACGAGGAAAACUGGAACACAAGCUGAGGUGGACAUUCAAAGUGUAUGACAAGGAUGGGAAUGGCUGCAUAGAUAAACCUGAGCUGCUGGAAAUCGUUGAGUCCAUCUACAAGCUGAAGAGGGCGUGUUGGUCGAACAUUGAGGACAGGACCCCAUUGCUCACCCCAGAGGAGGUUGUGGACAGGAUAUUUGAGUUAGUGGAUGAGAAUGGGGAUGGGCAGUUGUCUCUUGAGGAGUUCAUCGAUGGAGCCAGGAAAGACAAGUGGGUGAUGAAGAUGUUGCAAAUGGAUGUGAACCCCGGGGGAUGGAUCAGUGAGCAGAGGAGGAAGAGUGCUUCCCUCUGAGAAAAUUCAGCCUUGAUUCAGCUGAAAGAGUGAUGCUGACUCCAAGUGUGACUCCUCCUCUAGGGUGGUAGGGACUUUCCCUUGUAAUCCAAUCUCAGCAUCCAAGAUGAAAACUUGGGAUGGUUUAAGAAGCCAUAUCUCCACCUAAAACCCACGUGCUGCUGGUACCCAGAGAACUAUUUUUGGCCCAUGAAUAAGUCUUCCUGUGUACACAGUACUGUGUUUGCCAGCUCUGGUUUUUGGUUACACCCCAAGGAACAAACUUUUUUUCGUGGCUUCCUGCAGCAGAUCCUGAGCAGGGUUUUUCAGUCUGGUGACAGACAGGAUCGGGAGGUAAGAAAUCCAGGCAGUGGUCCUGGUGUUUGCAUCACUCAGAGAUACAGCACAUCAAACCA